AUGUCUACUUCGGAAUCGCCGGCACCCGCGCUGACCAUCGCCUCCCAUCCGCCGGGUCCCUACUCGAAGGCGCAAGCCAAACACUCCAAGUCAGCGCUGAACCUCGCUGCAUCAGCAGCUUCGCAUACCCACACUCCCAGCCCCUUGCAGAACCAAAUUCCGGUGUCGAGGUCGUCGUCCGUCACCAGCACCAGCUCGUCAAGCUCAAAUGCAACGUCGAAGACCUCCACAGCACAGUACCUUGUCCAGGUAGAUAAGACGCCCCAGAACCUCACUCCUUCGCAGAGAUUGAUGUUGAGAAAGUCCCAGUUGAAUAACAGCAUUGCUCGCUUUAAAUCGAGCGAACAAGUCGCCGAGCCUUCUGCCACUGUCGAUGCUGCCGCCACCCCCAAGAUGUCUACUAUCGAUAGCGAGGAUGAAGAAAUUGACGACCAUGAAUGCGUGUUCAACGUUCCUGUGUCGCAAUCGCUUGUUUCCUUAAGCCAAAGGGAAAAGUUCACCUUUGGCAACCAAGAUAGAAAGUACUCCUUCACCAACACAGACUCGACCAGGUCCUCGUCCAUUCUAAGCCACGGUAGCCUGGUGGACACGGACUCCACCUUCACUAGUUAUGACGAUACCUCGUUUACUGGUGGUAAGUUCAACUUGAACAUAGAUGAACUUAGAUUGUCUAAAGAUGCACAUGACCUUUCUCUUAUGUUCAAUCAGGAUGAGUUCAUCCAGGACUAUGAAGAAAGUAGACAGCGCAAGAAGUUGUUGAACACUUUCACGAAGGUGAAUAGUUCCAGUCCUUCAUUAUCUGCCCCUCAAGAACGCGGUCUUUACCUCACAAAUGACGCGAGAGCAGUUUCAUCACCGGUGCUACCUCACUCAAUGACUUUGAAAUCAAGAUCGGCUUCCACCCAGACUUUACCCCUGAUGGCUAUUGCCACCAACAAGCAGAGGUCCUCGUCCAGCUUUUCGAAAUAUUAUUCUUUCACUAGACCUACCUGGUUGCCACCCAAGUCUUCUCACGACAAAAAGAAGCAUCAAAAGGAAUCGGAAGACAUCAUAUACCAGGCUCUAAUCAAAGAAUCUAAGGAACAAAGCAAAAAAAUGUACUAUUUGGAAAGAAUAAAAAAGCUCAAGAUUAAAGAUAGCAAAAUCUGGUACCUGUUACUUGAUACCGAUAAUCACAAGGAGUUUAUUAACAAGGUAGAAAAGGUCGAUCAUGCAUGGUGGAGAGGCAUCACCCCCGAAUUGAGAGGCCAAAUUUGGUGGAAACAUUACGGAGGUACAAACAAAUUUAAUGUUACCUUAUGUAACUACUUUUUCGACAAGAUAGACAAGACUGUUUUGCCUGAAAUCAAAUCCUUGGAAAGCUUAUUGUUGGAGAAUAAGAAAUUGAAAUUUUCCCUUGACCAGUACAAGAAAACGAAUUACAAAGAACAAACAUCUCCCUCAAUUUAUAAAAACUUUAUCGACGCUCAGUCCAAAUUAAAUGGGAAGAUUUCAAGCUUGUUGAACAUGUCUAUUGAGAAAGAAUUAAAAGUCUCCACGGUUAAAGUGCUUUAUGACACGAUAACCAAUGACUUGUUGGAUGUGUACCCUGAUUUGAACUUCUUUCAAAACUACGAGGUUAUCCAAAAUUUGACUAGGAUAGUUAUGUGCUUGGUGUUUUAUCUUUAUGAGUCAGCCCCUGCAUAUCAAGAUGAAAGCUUACAAAAGUUUUACUUUCCAGGAAUUAAUCAUUUGGCAGCAAUGUUCUACUUUAGUUACAAGAAUGUUGAAAAGACUUUCGUAAGCAUGUGUCAAUUUUAUGAUCAUCAAAUCCAAAGUUUAUUGUUGAACUACAGAUUAUUGUCGAACGAUAAAAAUGAAAAGAACAUGGAAAGAGGACUAGUUGUCAAUUCCUUGUAUGAUGUCUUUAUCGAGAAGUUUGAAACUACCUUUUUCAAAAAAUUAAACCUGCUUUUCACACACUUCAAAGUUAUAGGGAUUACCAGCUUUGACUAUUUACCCCUGUUAAUGCUUGGUCUCUUUUCACAGUUAUUGAACUUUCAAGUUUGCAAUCACUUGAUGGAUACGUACAUCUUUGAAAAGCACGAUUAUCUCAUAAGGUUAGUUUUGGGAUUUUUCAAAACGAUUCAGUACAAGUUGUUUGGUAGUAAAGCGGAAGUAUUGGCCCUAUUGGGAGUAAAGAGUACAUCCGCUGAUGGUCGUAUCCACACACAUACUUAUCUUAAUGUUGGUAAUGAGUACGAGUUUAUGGAAACUAUAAAAGAUUUUGAGCUUUGA